AUGGCUCGCGCUUUUUCGCUUAUCGCUUUGGGCCUGCUUUUUUCCUUGCCUUCAACUCUGGCAAUCAGGACAAAAGUACCAGGGGAUGAACCAUCCUCCUCUGACAACGCGCUUGCCGCCGGCAGUUCGACAAAGGGCCACACCGGUUUAGGCGGAUAUGCUGAAGCAAAAUGUGGUAGAUUAACUGUUCGCGGUGGUCUCAAGGUGGGCGAAUCUGUGAAGAUUACUGCCAAUGGAUGGGGAAAGAGUGAUGUUGACUUUGUUGCUGAGAUAGUCACUGAUAAUUCCCGGGGCAUGAUUCAGAUGAGAGAAUCGCCUCCUGGAGAGGGCCCUGGUUUAGCUGGAGGGUCAGGGGGGGACGGUACUGCAGGGAGCGCAACCGAUGAAAAUGGUAGCAUGAAGGAACAACCGUCCAUUUCGAUUGUUGGUGUUCGCAUCCCUGGUUCCGAAAAUGGAGAUGGAGAGUCAGAUAAAGCGGCUGUGUUGCUCUACCAAGAAGGUGAAACGGCUCCAAAGGAAGUUCCCUUGGAUACUCCAGCUGGGCCGACAAAGGCGUUCAUGAUUUUUUUUGGACAGACUACACCAACAGAAAUGACUGUGCGAGUUUUGACUUGGACUCCAGAGGGAAGCGGAGGCGACGGUUCGUGGCACGAGGCUUUAGUGGUUGUUGGUGCUGGGGUCACCCAUCGCGACGUUAUGGUCGUCGUAAGCGACUGCAGUCCUCAUACCCUUAGAGUUUAUGGGUCAGCAUCUGCGGACUUAGUGACGGCCAGUGACGAGACGUGCCAAGCAGCAGAACCUCAGUUAGUGGCUUUGACUUCACCCCAGCAUGGAUCCUCCACAGUUCCCGAGGUGUCGACCGAAACAUCCGCCAGCUCAUAG